UGUUGCCAGAAUCAGCGCAAAAUCCAAGUUUCCAAAUAUAAAUUUCAGUUUAAAAAUGAUUUAAAAAGCGAAAGCAAGCGAAUCGAUUGCAUGUAAACGGUUCACGCCCUCAGCAAGAAUGUUCAAGCGUACAUUUAAAGUAGUUUAUCGGCCAAUUAAGAAUAAUUUUUUGUUACUGCCGGACCAAUACUACGGAGUUGUGUCAACCUAUGACACGGGCUGCCUUAGUUUGCAGUAUAAUGGACGCGUCCAUUAUGCCUCUUGGGCGCCGCAUGCGGGUGGCGGCGGUGUCAAAGACACCGAAAUUGGGAUCAAUGCCAGGGCAGCCAAGGAGAUUGGUCUGCAUGAAAAUGAUUUGGUCAAAUGUUCGCUCAUCGCUGACGUUCUCAAUCUGCGCAGCGUCCAUGUUACACCCGUUUCGGCCAAAGAUUGGGAGAUCAUUGAGUUGAGCAGCGAGAAAAUCUCGAGUAGCAUGCUGGAGCAAACUCGUAUUGUGAAUUCCACACAGAUUCUAAUCAUAUGGAUUAACAAGUCCAUGCAGGUGGCAUUGACAGUGGAUCGUUUGAAGCCACACAUAAGCUAUGGAAGAGUUGAUCAUAAUACGGAAUUGGUUGUGGCGCCAAAUCUUUAUAAAGGUCUCACCAAUGGCAGCAAUUCGAAUGGCAUUAAUGGAGAAUCCACGGAUAAGGAUAUAUCAUCGAAAUUGGCACGCAGUAAGACAAGUGUCCAGAUUAAAGAUGAAGUGGAUGGCAACAAGAUCACAAGACCUGCUCCGCUUACACACUCAUCGACAGUGAGCAAUGUGAAGAAUACAAUGCAACGUAACAAACGGCAGGAUCAUAUGGAACGUUUGAAGAAGGAUUUACGACGUGAGAGUUCGCAUAGCUAUGAGUUUCGUGUAGUGCGUGGCCUGUGGAUGGAACAGGCUCAGGAAUCUGAUGUCUAUGUGAAUAGCAAGCAUUUGCCAGAUUUUAUGGACCUGGAUCUAUUCUAUAGCAUGAAAACGGCCAGCGAUAAGGAGUACUAUGUAAGGGUACAUUCAAUUAGUAAAGAACUGGAAGAGGAUUUACCAGCCACAUUGCAUCCAUCCAUUGAGUUAAAUGCCAAUCUAAUGAAAUUGCUGGGCAUUAAGGAGCUGGAGCGGAUUGUGCUGCGACCAAAGACCAUUGUGGUGAAUUUCGUUGAAAAGAUUGAACUGUUUGCGCAUAAAAAAACUCACUAUAAAAUUAUUGAGAAUGCAUUUAAGCGAUUUGUCAUCGAGAGAACACAAAAGCGGCCCAUGUUGUUUAAUCAGGAGGAGGUAGUCCGGCUGGAGGAUGAUCUUCUGGUGACUGUGGGCAUUCUACCCGAGCAUUUUCGUUAUUGUGUGGUCGAUGCGCAAUUCUUGAAGGAAUCGAAAAUCUAUGCUGCCGAUUUAGUCCGUCCCGUCAAUGAGAUAAUCAAAGAGCAACCCCAAUUGACAUCUCCCCUUAGUGUUAAGGAUCUCAUACGUCUGCCCGAAUAUGAUAGAAUUGUGGAUCAUGUGGUGAAAGAGUUACGCAUGAAUCUGUGCCUUAAUGCCGAUAAUUCUGUGAUGCGUCAGUGUAAUAUACUCCUUACCGGAGCGGCGGGCACUGGUAAAACUGUUCUCGUGGAACGUAUACUAGAUCAAUUGUGCCGCAAACCGGAUUACUGCUAUUUCGAUAUAUUCUAUGGAUCAAGGAGCAAGGGACGCAAAACUGAAUCCAUACAAAAGGAUUUGCGUAACAUAUUCACAAGCUGCCUGCAACAUGCCCCGGCAAUUGUUGUAAUUGAAAAUCUCGAUGUACUCGCCCAUGCGGCAGGUGAACAAUCUAGCCAGGAUGGUGAAUAUUAUAAUCGUAUGGCCGAUACAGUGCAUCAAUUAAUUAUGCAGUAUACAACAAAUAAUGCCAUUGCCGUGAUUGCCACCGUUAAUGAGCUGCAAUCGUUGAACAAACGUCUCAGUUCGCCCAGAGGACGACAUGUCUUUCAAACUGUUGCCCGUCUGCCCAAUUUGGAACGUGCCGAUCGUGAGAUAAUCCUCAAAGAACUCUGUAGUCACAUUAAUGGCCGCCAAUUGGAUUUGGUGAAGUUUUCAAAUUUAACCGAAGGUUAUCGUAAAUGUGAUCUAGUGCAAUUUAUUGAGCGAGCUAUCUUUUAUGCCUACAGGAUAAGUAAAAGUCAUCCUCUGCUUACCAAUGAUCAGCUCAUUGAAUCCUUGGAGCAUACCAAUUCCUAUUGCCUACAGGGUAUACAAAGUAAUCAAAAGACUGGCUCUGAGCAGGAGACAAAUGAAAUGCGUGUGGAGGAGUUGCCUGGCUUGGAAUUAGUCGUGGGUGUACUCGAAGAGGUUCUCAUGUGGCCCUCAAGGUACCCUACCAUAUUUAAUGCCUCACCGUUGCGCAAUCAAGCCGGCGUCUUACUCUAUGGCCCACCUGGUACUGGUAAAACGUAUUUGGUCUCACAAUUGGCUACCUCAUGGAAUCUGCGUAUAAUUUCUGUCAAGGGACCCGAACUAUUGGCCAAAUACAUUGGCCAAAGUGAGGAGAAUGUGAGAAAUUUAUUUAAUCGUGCCCGCAGUGCCAAGCCCUGUGUACUCUUCUUCGAUGAAUUCGAUAGUUUGGCCCCAAAACGUGGUCAUGAUUCGACCGGGGUGACAGAUCGUGUAGUCAAUCAAUUGCUCACCGAACUAGAUGGUGUCGAAGGGCUGCAAGGUGUUACGGUUAUAGCGGCCACCUCAAGACCCGAGCUACUGGAUCCAGCCUUGUUGCGUUCAGGACGUAUUGAUCGUUUGGUUGAAUGUCCAUUACCCGAUGCACAGGCUCGGGUUCGAAUCUUUGAGGCAUUGAGCUCAACAUUAAAUCUAGAUGAAUGUGUGGACUUUGAUUGGUUUAGUGGACGUACACAAAAUUAUACGGGAGCUGAUAUACAAAGUGUUCUGACCUCGGCAAAUAUGGCGGCAGUUAAGGAGGCGUUAGCACAAUUUGGACAUGAGAAACUGCCAAAGAGAAUUUUAGUGAAGCAAAAACAUCUCAUCGAAUCCUUUCAAACGACCCGGCCAUCGCUAAGUGCCUCCGAUGUGGCCAAAUAUCAGAAAACUUAUGCACGCUUCACCAACAAGGAGAAGAGCUCCAGAGACUUUGUGGCCAAACGGGCCACAUUGGCAUGAAGACAAAAUCUGUCUAAACUAGAAUUAUGUAGCUAGUAUCUUUUAAAUAAUUAAUAUCUUAAAAAAAAAAAACAAAUUGGUUAUUGGAGCAAGACAACGAAAAAUGUGAUGUGUCCAGGGUUUUUUUUUCUCUUUUGUUUCUCUUUUUUUACAUUUUGUUGGAGAUAAUAAAUGCGAAUUUAUUAAGGA